AUGUGUGACGUAUAUGUACUUGAAUACAUUCGAAAAAUAAGAGAACGACAUAGUAACCAACUAAUUGUUCCAUUCUACGCAAUUGCAGAUAACGACUCGGAACAAAUAUCGGCCGACGAUGACUACUAUGUUGUUUGUACCGAAGAGGGGAGCUACAAGAUUCAGGAGAAGCCAACGGUUGCUCAGCCGAGAACGCCCAAACCACGGAACACGGCACCGUCACCGGUUCGAGUGAGUCGCAUACGAGGCGGAUUCGUAUUCCCGAUCACCAGUGGAAGUGAUUUGGAGCGCUUGGAACAAGCUGUAACGAAUAGAAAAGACAUUCGCCAGGAAUAUGUUGCGCUUUUGAGUCGCAAACCGAAAAAUUAUCACAUUGCCAAUUACAUGCAGUGUAUUUUUUCCGACGAAGCUCUUGACGAUUACAACUACCAUGGAGUGCAUGUGCUUGGAAGGUGCAAAAUUGCUAUGAAGGGUUAUGACAUAUUCAGCAAUUGUUUCUUGGAUGCCUUUAAAUCGGACGGCCUGACCAUGGAAGAAUUGAGCGAGCAGAUAGUAUUGGCAAUCAAGCAAAGUCGCAACCGAAUGAGACAACGAACAUUCCGUGCAAAGAAAAUCAUCAAAAAGAUGUUGAUGAAAAAAUCGGAAAACUAGAUGAGUGGUUCCACGUUUGACAAAAAUAUUUUCAGAUAGUUUUAAGGUUUUGAUCACUAUUCAGGUCUUUGAGUUGAACUAAGUAGUACUAGAAUAUAACUUCAUACUUUACUCUUUGGUAAUAUAGCAAUAUAACUACUUGAUACACCAACAGACCUUGUUAAAGCAACAUAACCAGGAAGGAUUACUUAUUAGUGGAAAUACAGUAGCAUCUAAACAUCAAUUACAGUGUCAUGAUAAUAAAAGUAAGACAAGUUAAUUUAAAA